AUGCCGGGGGCUAAGCCUAACGCCACACCAGUUCAACGGGAAUAUUUCGAAUCCCGCUGUUUGAAGGUUUGGAAGGAAACAGCUAAGGAGAGUAAAGCCCAUGAACAGGAACGCUCACGGGAGAUUGAGCGGGAGGAGGCUGACCUUGAAGAUGAAAUAACAGAUCUUUUCGAGAUGUUCCCUCUAUUGGACUCGGCUCUCAUUCAAGACAUCUACCUCUGCAGUGAUCGAGACUGGGAUACUACAGUAGACACUCUACUGAAACUAAGCGGAGAGAGCGAGGGACUGGACGCCCGAGUGAGCAAGCCGCCACCAAGGAUGGACGAUGAGAACGAAUUCCCUCUUCUUGUGGGGAAGGACGAUUGGCAGGUUGUCCCGCGGUACAUAUUGGAGGAAGGGAAGGAGGAUACUGUCUCGUCGUCGCGGCCCACUGAGUCUACUUCCUAUCUCGCUAAAGUGAUGAAAAACACCACCAAAGAAGAAAAUACGACACUAGAGACUAGCCCUUGCGUUGCCCAGGGAGUUACGGUGGUUAAUGAGGUGGGCCUUUGUAUGGCUGAGUGGCGACCAGCGACCGAGAAUUGUACAAGGGACGAGGAGAUCACUUGGAAUGUGAAUGAGAGAGAGAAAAGGGUGGUUAUUCAGAAGUCUGCUACCGCUUUGAAGGAUGAUGAGUUCUGGAGCUCGAAUUUACACGACACGUGGGAGGAGGAUCCCGAUGAUAGCAGCAUCUCGUUCGACUCUGAGGAUGAGGAGGAUGCGCAAUGGCAAGACGUGGGUGAAUCUAGCAUGUCGGAGGCAACCUCUGGUGUAGAGGAGGAGGGGGGUAACAAUGAGGAGGAGGAGAGUGAUGAUAGUUUAAAACGCAGACGGAAACCGAACAAAUAUGUUGAUCCGGCGCUACAGCCCAAACGGAAGAAGGCUCGGAAGGCCUCAGCUGUAGAGAAAAGGGGAAGGAAAAGCAGCGAGGAGGCGACAAGUACUCCGUCCUGGGAGGAAACAUCGAAUAAAGAGCCGGUAUCGGCUUCCAGAGGCGUCCGCGGUGUCACCACUAGAGAUACUACCCGAGCCCAGACGGUGGACUCUAGUAUUAGGGAAACGGAUAGGAUGCAUAGUCAAGAGGAGCGGAGGAAGGGUAGAAAGGAAACCAAGAAGAAGAAGACCAAGGACAAGUGGCCGAGCUAUGAUGAACUCAUUGAGGAGGCCCUCCAAGUGGAAGUAUGGAACACGAGACAACUCAUCGACUAUAUCAGCUAUGAAAGGGAACUCGAUAAGAUGGGCCAUCAUCAGAGUGCCGCUGUGAAGGCUAAGAAGAAGGCCAGGGAGACCACACCUCUAGUUCGUUGGACCAACAGUGCGUCAAAAGGGAAGGGAGAAGUGAUUGAGCAGUUGUCCUUCCAUAACGGUGCGGACAUCUGUGCAGCAUUUCCGUCUCCGUCGGCUUCCCCCGUAGAGCUGUCUCCAUCACAGCGACGGAAGUAUCGAGAGCCGUUCACCGGCGAGACAUUCGAUACGAUAGAGGAGUACAAGAGGCUUCGAGAAAAAGGCCAGGCGAAAGAGCUGGUCGAGUUUGACCGAGCCUUGAGAGCCUUAGAGACCUAUUGUGUUAAUACUUGA